GACAACCGCGACUUCAACAUCCCAGUUCAGCGCGGCAGCAAGACAACACGCGGGCAGUCUGCGCCGCAGCCAUGUUGUCUUUUAUUCUCAUCCAGAACCGGCAGGGCAAAACCCGCCUUGCCAAGUGGUACGUCCCUUACAGCGACGACGAAAAGAUCAAGCUCAAAGGCGAGGUCCACCGCCUCGUCGCGCCGCGCGACCAAAAGUACCAGUCCAACUUCGUCGAGUUCCGCAACCACAAGGUCGUCUACCGCCGGUACGCGGGGCUCUUCUUCUGCGCCUGCGUCGACACCAACGACAACGAGCUCGCCUUCCUCGAGGCCAUCCACUUCUUCGUCGAGGUGCUCGACGCCUUCUUCGGCAACGUCUGCGAGCUCGACCUCGUCUUCAACUUCUACAAGGUCUACGCCAUCCUCGACGAGGUCUUCCUCGCCGGCGAGAUUGAGGAGACCAGUAAGCAGGUGGUGUUGACGAGGUUGGAGCAUUUGGAUAAGCUGGAGUGAUCUUUGGCAGUGGGUUGGGGGUAGAAUGGAUGGAUAUUUGCUGGCAUGGUGUGUGUCGGGUGGCAGGGUGUUCGCACUGCCAUGCGGACGGACCGUGUUGCGGAGGCGGUGCGGGUGGCGAGGG